AUGGCCGAAGUAUUGAGUCCUGUGUGCGCAUUGGAGGGGCCGGUUACCAUGGCGCAGACACUGGCUCUACGUCCAGCGUCCCCUUUCCUCAAUCCGAUUGCUGUUCCGGACCCUCGUCUGCCUCGACCAACAGAAACUACAGCAGGCUUCAGCAUUUCCUCAAAGAACACAGUAUCACCAGAAGAUUGGGAAUCUAAGAAAGAAAUAAUACACCAACUCUACCUUAGAAAAAACCUUCCUCUUCACACAAUUCAGUCCAUCAUGUCUCAACAUCAUUCUUUUUUCGCCACGGAAAGAAUGUACAAGAGGCAGUUCUUGAAAUGGAAAUGGAAAAAGUACAAUACCAAAACGCUGCAAGAUUGUCUCUCUAAUGGAGAUGCUUUGGAGAGGUCGCACGGGAAAACCACUUGCCAAAGGUCAGCUCGACGGAAUCUCAGCACUAUCGGGCCCCAACGCAAUGGCAGGUUUGGUCAUCUGGCGAGAUUAUUCGAGCAAAAACAGGACCCGGUGAUUCCUUCGGCCCUACUUACGUACGGCACCCGACACGAUCAACUCACCUACGGCCUCUUCGUCAGCCUGCGUGACCUUAUUUAUGGAACCUCUCGGCGUGACCCUUGCUGGGCAGGACGUGAAAAGUUCUCAAUUCCAGAAAGCUCCGCAUAUGGCAUUGAUAAUCUAUUCCGAACGGCCACCAAGUUUUACUCCAUCUGCGAUUUUCUCCAAGCUGGCGCGACAUUCCGAAGAGCAUUCUACGUUCUAGAAGAUGUCAUCGACAAUGAAGCAAUCAAUACUUUCAGAGUAUUAUUUCUCGAUAUUCCAUAUGUCAUUCCUACCGACGAGAUACGUGGCGCAUACUUGUGUCACAUUUCCCAACUAUUAGACAUCAAAAAGCGGGAGCAACCGAUAGCCAAGAUUGCGAUGAUGUUACAUCGGAUUCACAUGGAAGCGUGUGAACAUAUUUUCGAGCACCUAUAUCAGAUGCACAUUAUCGCUGCAGAUUACUUUUCUGAAAUUCGAGGCAGAGACGACAUACAGACGCUUGAUUUUGCAGUGGAUGCUGCGCUCCUCAGACCAGACGCAAACAACCCUCAAGUUCUCGAAUACUACCUCAAAAUGUACGAUGAGAUACUGCGGAACGUCAUAGAUCAAUACGGUCCGUUAUCUGCCGAAGCCCUGGACAUAGAAUAUUGGAAACUUGUUUCUGCAGGCUACUUGAACCUCUCUUUUGAAACCUUAAUGGAAUUAAGCAAUGGGUUUCUUCCCAAGUUGUCUGCUAUAAACAAUGAUGGCUCGCUGAAUACCUGGAGCAGCUCCUGUCUGUGGCUGUAUAGUAUUGCUGCACGACACGUGUCUACCGCCGCCUUCCGGUCUAAUGAUCCUGAUUCGGGUAUCACGUGGUUGGAGAGAUCAGUAGAAGCAUUGCAGUUUACUGUGGAAGUAGAAGCUUCGGAGGGCACUGAUACAUUUGAAACAAAUUGUGCGCUAACACAAUUUCGUGUUGAGCUAUUGGACCACCUGUCUGAACUUGGAAGGGUUCAGGAAGCGGACGAGAUAAGGGCAGCACUCGCUGCGUCCGAGUUCAUGGAGGAAGUGAUGCAGAAUGACCUGGGCGAGAACUUUGACCAAAUACUGGCUUGUUGA